AUGAGCCGACCCACCCUGCAACUGAACACACUAGCUAAUGGCGAUAUUGUGCGAAGAACACUGGCAAUAGCCAGCAAUACAAUCCUCAAUGGCAACUAUGGCAUUCAGGAGCACCGCUGCGUGGCCCUCCUUGCCACCGUCUGUCGCAAAUGGGAGGAACACCUGCGUCUCUGCCUUCACAGCACCGUCAUCUUGGAGUACGUCAGUAACGAGCGCGCGGUAGACGACACUUGGGGGAAGUGGCUGCAGAAUAGCUUAUUCAGGCGUGAGGCGCGCUACCUAUGGAUGUCGAACUCGGGAUCAGUUGAAUACUCGUCUAUGCAGGAUUAUUGCAAAGAAUUGCGGAUUGUCAAUAAGACCGGCGAGAACACCUUUGAAUUCGCGAGCGCACUUUUCCAGAUUGGGUUCGCUGUUUCCUUGUGGCCAGGGAUCAGGUCGCUCAGAUUUGUUGGGUCAUUUGUCGCGAGCUCCGGUGGGUUUGACGAUAGCGCAGCCGAGGCAGCGAGCGCGCUCAUCGCUCAGUGUCUCCCGGGCCUCACCGCCAUCGACCAUGCCUCAUGCGCAGGGUACUCUAGCAGCCACCUCACAGAGGUAAUUGACCGCCUGGCAUGCCACUACCUCCCACAGCUCCAAUCGCUCUCGUUGACUGGCAUAUACCCGCAGCGUCAGCUCAGGCUAUCAGCUGAGGGUCUGACCAAAGUCGAAUUUGACGCGUCGGCGAUUGCAGACAAGAUCGAGCCCUCAUGUAUCCCCGUCACCCAGCUCCACACGCUGCGCAUCACAAACAUGACCUGUGCAUUCCCAUGGCGCAACUUUGCCGACACAGGCUCGACACACAUCGAGUUUACAAACCUGCAGCGGCUCGAACUGACAUUUGCACGCAACACCAGCGAGCCUGUGCCCAUCGGAGCCGACCUCAAGCGGCUGCAGUUCCCUCGACUGCGGCACCUUCACAUCAGUCGCUCAUUCGAUGCGUUCACAAACUUUUACUCCGUCUUCAGUCCGUCAUCGCUGGAUUCAUUCAAUGCGCUUGAGAGCAUGCGACAUGUUGAGGAAAUCGACACGGACAUCAUUAGUUCAUUGACCAGGCUCACACUGAACACAACAAAAGAUACCGUGGCUCUGGAUCCAAACUGGCUGGCAGCAAUCGACAGAUACCUCUCGACAGACUCAACAGUUCAGAAUGCAUGCAUAGGUGGGUUCCCGUAUGCGUUCACAGGCGCCAUUUGCUGGCCUGGGUUGAAGCGGCUAACGCUGGAAGUCCACUCGAUAGACUGGCAGAGCGUUGGACACCUUCUCGCCCAGCUUCCUUCACUGUGGUAUUUGGAGGUCUGGUACAACCACCUGCAGCCAUUCUGUAGUCAGCCCGAACGGCAAACUGAAGGAACUGCACCACUCCUGCGCACCACUGCUACACCAAAACCACUCAGCACAAGUCUCCAAGAACUCAUUGUAUACAUCGACGAUCCGUGGACAGUCGCUCUUGAUAUGGCCACGCUGUGCAGCCUCAUCUCGCGGCUUCCAUCUCUACUGAAAGUCAAAGUCCCAGAGGAUACUGUUGCUGAAAUGGAGGACUAUGUGCAGACGAACAGCAGAGCAUUCGACACCCAGCCGACAUUUCUCAGAGCCACUUUUGCUACAUAA